AUGUGUAAGUAUCAUAUACUUUGGUAUUCAAAAUUAAAUUAUCUAAUUUCUUUUGUUUGUUUUUUUUGGUUCAAGGUUUCCGCAGUCUCCACCAGGGAAGAUAGGGAGUUUGUCAUUCCCAGCAGUGAUAACGAACUCCUUAUCCAACUGGUGGAGGCGCGUCCCGCACUAUGGGACCCCUCCGACCACAAACAUGCCGACCAUCAUCUCAACCAGCGGCUCUUCACUGGCUGGGAGGAUCUCUCUGCGGCGGAUAAAAAAGAAUGUGUGGACAAGGUUAUCACUCGGUGGCGGUCAAUCCGGGACCGCUUCAAGAGAGAGUAUAAUAGGGAGGUUCACGCCCCGAGUGGUUCAGGAGCACGACCAAAGAAGCCCUACGCUCAUAAUGCGGCGCUGGGGUUUCUUCGUCCGACACUGGGCCUUCGAAGAACUGCCAGCAGCACUCGGGAGCCUGAACCCUCUCUUGAAGCGGCCCCCGAAUCGGCUGCCACCACCAGCCCUCCUGUCCCUCAUUCACCUGUUCAGGUCAAUCCUGGUCCCCUACCUGGUCCCUCUUUUCAGCGUACGCUCUCAACUUGUCGACAAAAUGUGAGAGCUACGCUGAAUAGCAGGAGAUUUGGUAGGAGCCGUCGGGAAAACUAUGGGGACCUUGUAGAGAUUGUUUCCAAUGCUCUAGAAGGUUUUGCAGAAGAGAUGCGUCAAGUUUUGGAUGACUUGGCACGCCGAGUGGAGGGGGCGGAGUCGGCACGUCAACUCACCGAAAACGAACAUUACCUGCAAACCUUUGUCUCCCGAAUGGACCAAAUGAAUCCCGAACAGGUGCAUGAGUUCCGUAAUUUGAUGGAGAAUGGGUCGUGGGAAAUCUUGCACCGCCCCCCACCCACUACCUACCCCCCACCUACUAUCUACCCCCCAACCCACGCGUAUCAACAUGGGCACCAUCAAGCUACCCAUUUUCAACAUCCUUCCCUUUCCCAACCCCCCGAGCAUGGACCUACUCUCAGUAUAAAAACUAGAGUGAGACACUCCGCCCACCCUCAUUCAGUGUCCUCCAAGGUUGCCAAGUUUUUAGGAAUCUCUCAUGGUUUCUGUUAA